CGACGGUACAGCUGACAGCUACCCAGAAACACCAUUAGCUACCAUUAGCUGCCAUAGUUUAGGGUAAUUUUUGGGUCAUUUUGGUAAUUUUUUGUCACAAGCAUUCUGAGUGGAUCAUGCUUGAUUUCCUUUCAAUUUCAAUCAGUGACUAUGAAUUGAUUAAUUAACUUCGGUUAUAUAACAUGUCAAACAUAAUUGUCAAACAUGGACGAUAGUGGAAGGAGAUUGAGAGACGAUCCAACUUUUAAAGCUUUGCAAGAACACUAUGACGCAGUUGGAUCAAAGAUUCACAUGAGAAAGCUGUUCGAAGAUGAUUCGAAACGUUUUGACAAAUUUAGUUUGUCAGUGGCUACCUCUGACGGGGAAAUACUCUUGGAUUACUCGAAAAACAUAAUUACAGAGGAAACAAUGAAACUUUUGUUUGAGCUGGCUGGAAGUAGAAAUGUUCUGGCUGCUCGGGAAAGGUUAUUUUCUGGUGAAAAAAUAAAUUUUACUGAGAAACGAGCAGUUCUUCACGUGGCUCUUCGUAAUCGUUCCAACACACCCAUUCUUGUUGAUGGAAAAAAUGUAAUGGAUGAUGUCAACUCUGUUUUGGAACAAAUGAGAAAGUUUUGUCAUGCUGUUCGUAGUGGGGAUUGGAAAGGUUUCAGUGGGCAAAAAAUUACGGAUGUUGUUAACAUUGGUAUUGGAGGAUCUGACUUGGGUCCAUUUAUGGUUACCGAAGCAUUAAAACCGUAUUCUAAAGGUGGACCUUCUGUUCAUUUCGUAUCAAAUAUUGAUGGCACGCAUUUGGCAACAACCUUGGAAAAACUUAAUCCUGCAACAACACUGUUUAUUGUGGCCUCGAAGACUUUCACGACCAUUGAGACCAUCACAAAUGCAACGUCUGCAAGAAAAUGGCUGUUGGAUACUGCUGGAGAUAAAUCAGCUGUGGCUAAGCAUUUUGUAGCCUUGUCAACGAAUGCGGCAAAAGUGAAAGACUUUGGAAUUGACGAGAAAAAUAUGUUCACUUUUUGGGAUUGGGUUGGUGGCCGUUAUUCAUUAUGGUCAGCGAUUGGCUUGUCAAUUGCAAUAAAUAUUGGCAUGGAUAAUUUUGAAUCACUGUUGGCUGGUGCUCAUUUUAUGGAUAACCAUUUUCGCUCAGCUCCUUUGGAAAAGAAUAUUCCUGUUAUUCUUGCACUUCUGGGUGUCUGGUACAAUAAUUUCUUUGGCUGUCAAAGUCAUGGUUUAUUUCCAUAUGACCAGUAUUUACAUCGAUUCGCAGCAUACUUCCAGCAGGGCGACAUGGAGUCGAAUGGGAAAUCCACAACUUCAUGUGGCACUACGGUUGACUAUUCAACAGGACCAAUCGUGUGGGGAGAACCUGGCACUAACGGACAGCAUGCUUUUUACCAAUUGAUUCAUCAAGGAACGAAGGUAGUUCCGUGUGAUUUUAUUGCUAUGGUUGAAACUCACAAUCCCAUUUCUAACGGAUUACAUCAUAAGAUUUUACUGUCAAAUUUUUUGGCUCAAACAGAAGCUCUCAUGAAAGGAAAGACACCAGAUGAGGUAGCUAAAGAACUUGAGGCAGCUGGGAUGAAUAAGAAUGAUGCUAAAGAUUUAACACCUCAUAAGGUUUUUCCUGGUAAUCGCCCAACAAAUUCAAUUGUUCUACAGAAACUUACACCACUCUCAUUAGGAGCCCUUAUAGCUAUGUACGAACACAAGAUAUUUGUACAGGGCAAAAUAUGGGACAUAAACUCAUUUGACCAGUGGGGCGUGGAGCUGGGAAAACAAUUAGCAAAGGUCAUUCAACCAGAGCUGGAAAGUGAUGUUGCAACAAUGCACGAUUGCUCAACAAAUGGCUUGAUCAAAUUUGUGAAAAGUCAUUCGACUGCCUAGUAGAAUCGUAGAUUCUGGGUCAAGAUUGCUGCUGACUUUGUCUUUAUUUAACCUGUCUCGUUCUUACUGUGCUAAAUUAAGUAAUACAUCGAGUUUUAUGAUUUAUAAAUCAUAAAACAAGACUAGUUAGACUACAAUUUAUUCUAAUCACUUUAUGUCGAACUUAUUACAAUUAAAAUUUCUUUAGUAAUCUUA